AUGUGUAAGUGCAAGAGAGAUAUCCAUGGUCAGUGUAAACAUGUAGCAGCAACGAUUUUUGCAUUAAACAAUUAUAAAAACAAAAGUGUUACCAGUGGAAAACAACAAUGGGGAAUUCAACAACAUAAGAUAUACACAUCAGGUGGAUGUCACCUUAGUAAUUGUGUAAUUCCAAAAAGGAUAAAAAUACCAGCAUCAUUAUCGUAUCAAAAGACCUAUCUCACAAGAAAACAAAGCAGAUGUCCAGACUGGUUCAUUUACAAAGGAUACAGAUUAAGCAGCUCUAUGGCUCAUUCUAUAAAAACAACAAAAAGCAAUUUUGAAAAAUUGGAUUUUAGAUUUUUAAAUAAUACAGUCAAGGAAACAAUUGCAACUGAUUAUGGAAUUAAAUUGGAAAAAAUUGCAAAAAAUUUAUUUUUGCUUAAAAAUAUUAGAAUAAUUGAUGUAGGAGUUAUCAUUUGUAAUGAAGCUCCCUGGAUUUGUGCAAGCCCUGAUGGUAUAUGCAAAAAUGGAGAUAAAAUAAGUUUACUCAAAAUUAAAUACCCUUACACAUGUAAAGAUAAAAAUUUGUUGAUUUCAAGACAAAUAAGGUGUGAGGAUUCAGACUCUCUUGGAAGUUUUAAAGGCUUAAAACAUUUUUCAUCAUUAUUUCCCUCCUUCCUCCAGUUUUGUAAACAAAAUGAUAAACAAAAUGUAAUUCUUAAAGUGGAAAAAGAUGAGACAUUCAUUUGUUCACUAUUAGAGAAGAUGCAAAUGUUCUACUUUUUGCAAUUGUAAAUAGUAUUUUAAGUAAAUAGUUUUAGUGUUUUCAAAUGAAAAAAAUUCACUCAUUUAUAAUUGGAGGAUGCAUUGAAGUCCUGAUGGGGGCAAUUCCAAUUAAAUAUUUUAUAGUAUAAGUAGAUUUAUAGUAGGAAUAAAACUGAAUUUGAUGUUGAACUGAUGAUGGCUUUUCAGUUUUAAUUUCUGUACAGUCAAUGAUUACUCUUGUUUUGGGAUAAUUUUCUUUAAAUGAUUGAGGUAAUGUAACCUUAAUUAAUAGAUAAUUUCCAAACACAGAACAAUUUACAUUUG